CUUGUUUACUAUAAGUUGAGUUGUUGAUAAGCGAUAAGGCGCCCUGUCCUGGAGUAACCAUGGAGGUGUCAUCGUUCCGGCCUGUACUGGCUCUAACCAUCCUCGCCAUAUGCAGAGCAGCGCCUCACUUUCACCAUGGCCACCAAGUCGGGACGAUCACGAGUCAUUCUAUCCCAGAAGCCUCGGGACUAGCCGCCAGUCGUUCCCAUAGUAACGUCCUAUACACACAUAACGAUUCUGGAGGCCAGCCAAGGAUAUUCGCCAUCGAUAGCAACAGCGGUCGACGACUAGCUACCUUCACCAUAGAGGGCGCCCACAGUCACGACUGGGAGGACAUUAGCGUCGGUCCAUGCCCCAAUGGCGGUAAUUGUGUCUAUAUCGCAGACACAGGCGGUAACGCCGGAAACUACGAGGCUAACGUCCUCUACCGGAUACACGAACCUUCAAAUAUCUACGAUCACAGUAUACACGUGGAGUCCUCGCUUCACUUCCGAUGGGACCAGAGAGACUGUGAAACAUUAAUGGUUGCCCCUGACGCCGACCUUUACCUUGUUUCGAAGACGAGUCACUCGCACGACAGUAAGGUGUUCCGAGUGACCAAGUCAGCCUGGGGAAACUCCCAGUCAAACUCACUCUACCUCAGCAGUAAUACUCACCUGGCGUUUUAUUCCAAUGGGCCCAGUCCCGUGGGAGGGGAUAUCUCCCCAAACGGCAAUGACGUGCUGCUUAAGACGUAUGGUCACGUGUAUUACUGGAGUGUACCAGACCAUGACUACAUCCGGGCACUAGCGAGAAACCCCGAGACGCUGCCAUACCAUGCAGAGAGACAGGGAGAGUCCGUUUGCUGGGAUUCCCGCGGGAGCGGUUAUUAUACGACAAGCGAGGGGUCGAAUGCGCCUGUUUAUUACUACGCCAGAUAUUAGUAAUAGAACGCGCCCUGAAAUAUCAAUAUCAUUCCCAAGUAAAUUAAAGCAUGUUUUUUUCUACUAAGAAAUUAUUGAUAGUAAAGUAUUUAAAA